AUUCCGAACUGUUUUCAGUUUUGCUACAUUUCGCUGGGUGCAGCCAUAAGUCUGAAAUUAUUCGAAUUCUGUUUCGACUCUGUUAGGAAAAUGAUAAAAGGGAUCUCCGAAUUUCUUAUUCGCUCCGCUGCUCUUGUUCGUCCGAUGCAGUCCGCACGAGCGCUAAGUGGAUCUUCGCAGUCCGAUGUCUGGAAGUUGGGAAAGCUGAACCAUGUUGCUGUUGCCACUCCUGACUUGAAAGCGUCGGCAGAGAUGUACAAAAAUGUUUUGGGUGCCAAAGUCAGUGAAGUGACUGAGCUUCCUGAACAUGGCGUGUACACAGUUUUCGUGGAGCUUCCAAAUUCCAAAAUAGAGCUACUCCAUCCUCUGGGGAAAAACAGUCCCAUUCAGGGUUUUUUGGACAAAAACAAAAGCGGCGGCAUCCACCACAUUUGCAUAGAAGUGGACAACAUUGACGCGGCGUUGAAGUCAGUCAAAGCGAAAAACCUGCGGGUGUUGGGCGACGGCGGCACAAAGAUUGGUGCGCAUGGCAAACCUGUUGUAUUCUUACACCCAAAGGAUUGCGGCGGUGUAUUAGUGGAGCUGGAGCAGGCAUGACGCUUUUAACAUAUUAAUCUCCGGUAGAGUUAACUCAUUUAUGUGCGUUUCGGAUCCGGAAUAAAAUUUAUUUCUUUGUUUUUAAUUUUUACAGACGUUGUUAUCCAUUUAAGUUGCGUAGCUCAAGACAAAAUUUUGCCGCUGGAAACGGACAAAUUAUCGAAUAUGAAUAAUGUAAGAAAUGUAUUAAAUAAAAAUAAUGAGAACAAGAA